CAUGCAAUAAUUACUCAAUCAAAUUCAAAACCAAAACCAAACUCUCAACAAACAUUUUUUGGCUAUGGCUUCCUCUCUUGCUCGUUCUCUCAAGAAAAUCUCUUCUCAUGCUUCAUCUCCAUGGAGAUACUUCUCAACAUCAUCAUCUUCUUCAUUGAAUCUUUACUCUGCAAUCAACCAAGCUCUCCACAUAGCCAUGGAUUCAGAUCCUCGUACUUAUGUGUUUGGAGAAGAUGUGGGGUUUGGUGGGGUUUUUCGUUGCACAACUGGUUUAGCUGAUCGAUUUGGUAAAGAUAGAGUCUUUAAUACCCCUCUUUGUGAACAAGGCAUUGUUGGAUUUGCCAUUGGUUUAGCUGCAAUGGGUAAUCGAGCUGUUGUUGAGAUACAGUUUGCAGAUUAUAUAUUUCCUGCUUUUGAUCAGAUUGUCAAUGAAGCUGCAAAGUUCAGAUACAGAAGUGGGAACCAGUUCAAUUGUGGUGGCUUAACUAUAAGAACCCCUUAUGGAGCUGUGGGACAUGGAGGACAUUACCACUCACAAUCACCAGAAGCUUUCUUUUGUCAUGUUCCUGGUCUUAAAGUGGUGAUCCCUCGAAGCCCGAAGCAAGCGAAAGGGUUAUUGCUAUCUAGCAUACGCGAUCCAAACCCCGUUUUGUUUUUCGAACCAAAGUGGCUAUAUCGUUUGUCAGUUGAAGAAGUUCCCGAGCAUGAUUAUAUGUUGCCUUUAUCAGAAGCUGAGGUGAUUAGAGAGGGAAGUGAUAUUACACUUGUUGGUUGGGGUGCUCAGUUAUCUGUAAUGGAACAAGCCUGCAUUGAUGCUGAAAAAGAUGGUAUUUCUUGUGAACUGAUAGACCUAAAAACACUAAUACCUUGGGAUAAGGAAACAGUUGAAGCCUCAGUCAGAAAAACCGGAAGGCUUCUUAUUAGUCAUGAAGCUCCAAUCACUGGAGGUUUCGGUGCUGAAAUAUCUGCUUCAAUCGUCGAGCGUUGCUUCUUAAGGUUAGAAGCACCUGUAAGCAGAGUAUGUGGUUUGGACACACCAUUUCCCCUUGUUUUCGAGCCAUUCUACUUACCCACCAAGAACAAGAUCUUGGAUGCAAUCAAAUCAACUGUAAAUUACUAGUUGUCUGGUCUUCUAAUCUUCUGAUUUAAGCAUAUGUAUGGUCUGGUAUUAAUCUAAUUUAAAGACUAAUAUGAUUUUCCCAAUGGUUAACUUAUACAAUAGAACAAAUGCAAUUGAAUAGAAUUUCAUCUCUUUAACUUUUUUACAAGAAAAA